UGUCACAAUGGACAGUGCCUUUGACAAGCUGGACGCUGCUGGUUUCUUGGAAAUCUGGCAGCACUUUGAUGCAGAUGACAACGGCUACAUUGAGGGCAAGGAGCUGGAUGAGUUUUUCCGUCACAUGAUGAAGAGACUGGGACCAAAGGAGCAUGUGACUGAAGAGCGGGUCCAGAGGCUGAAGCAGCGGUUCAUGUCCGCCUACGACGUCUCUGCUGAUGGCAAACUACAGAUCCAGGAGUUGGCUCACAUGAUCCUCCCUGAGACGGAGAACUUCCUGUUGAUCUUCCACAGGGAAGCUUCCCUUGACAACAGUGUCGACUUCAUGCAGACCUGGAGGAAAUACGACAUGGACUGCAGCGGCUACAUUUCAGCUCAGGAACUGAAGGCUUUCCUGAAAGACCUGUUCCAACAGCAUGGUCGGAAAGUGUCACCUGACAAGCUGGAGGAAUACACGGACACAAUGAUGAAAAUCUUUGACAAGAACAAGGAUGGCCGCUUGGAUCUGAACGACUUAGCCAGGAUCUUGGCUUUAGAAGAGAAUUUUCUGCUGCAGUUCCAGUUGGACGCCGGCAGCCAAGCGGAGAGGAAGCGAGAUUUUGAGAAGAUUUUUGAUCAUUAUGACAUAAGCAAGACUGGAGCAUUGGAGGGCGCUGAGGUGGAUGGCUUUGUUAAAGAUAUGAUGGAACUGGUCAGGCCCAACCUCACAGGUCCCGAGCUAAACAAGCUGCGAGCCAUUUUGUUGCGUCACUGUGAUGUCAACAAGGAUGGGAAGAUUCAGAAAAACGAGCUCUCGCUGUGCCUGGGGCUGAAGCACUCGCCUUAGCUGCAACGCUGGAGCUUUGUGUUGUCAUGUUAGAUUUUCAAAGCAUGAAUUUCAUCUGUGUGAAGCAGAAAAUUAUCAUGUGGUUCAUGUGGAACAUUGAAGGGUCUCUUUUACAUAAUAAUGAUAAACACACACACACAUAUUGUGAUAUUGUGUAAUUUAAAAAAAUUGUGUAUUGUGCAUGUUAAAAGACAAAUUACAUUAGGCUUUGGAAUUUAUUGUCACCACAAUGUCUGUUUCUCAUUCUUGGUAAAAAAUAAAAUUAAAAAAAUUAAACUGAGGCACAUAUUGCUUAAAAUGAAAACAAAGAAUCAAUACCUGUAUUUUGGUCGACCACAUGCACGUGGUUAGCAGCUUUUAUUUGUUUUAUGUUCAUGAUCGCCGUGUCCAUGAGUUAAUGCAUAAAAUAAAGGCAAAAAAUGAAUACACAGAA